AAUCGACUAAAUUUUUUAUGUUUACAAUUAAAUAAAAUCAUUUUUUUUAUAUAUAUAAACAAUAAUAACAACAAAGUUCUAUAAAGGGACCUUACAUUCAUCACAGUUACAUUUAGAUCCGUCCCACAUUUUAAUCAUGCUUUUAAAAACUUUAAGGUUGUCACAUCGUUUCAAAUGUGAUGGUAGGUUAUUCCAAAUCUUUGGUCCCAGGGCUGAUAAGCUAUUAGUUCCAAAAGUCGCGGUCCUUUUCCUUGAGACUACCAAAUUAUUUGUAUUUUGUUCUCUGACUGUCCUACCGUUAUCAUUUAAACAAAAUAUAUCUUUCAUAAAAAGAGGGCUGCUGUUAUUUAUAGUUUUAGAGAUUUCUAUACACAAUGACCGUAAGCGAUUUACAUUCAUGUGACUCUUGCUGGAAUUUUUAAGUAAAUUUUCGUAUGUACUUACCGUAUCAUUAUACAGAAAUCUUAAUGCUCGUUUUUGUAUCAUAUCGACUUUAGAUAAAGAUUUAGAAGAAGAAAAAAUGCCAUAUAAGGGAACAAUAAUUGAAAUUUGCGUAGAUAAAACUUUGAACUAAGAUAUAUUUUGCUUGAAAGGAUAAGAAACUUCUAAAUCGAAAUAAGGCAUUUAGUUGGGCUGAUGCUUUGCGACACAAAUCACUAACGUGUCUGUCAAAAUUUAAUUUAUUGUCUAUAGUCACACAAAUCAGGAAAGCAUAGCGUCGGAAAUAACAUCGUCAACAAUUCUUUUUGUAAAACAAAAAGUGGUACGAGCGUUAUUUUUUAUUCGCUUAUCUUGUCAUUUAAUUAAUCUAUUCGUUUAUCUUAAUUACAUCAACUUAAUGAAGGAAAUAAAUGCAUAUCAAGCUUAUGAAAGGAAUAUAAGCGAAGCUUAUAACUCAUUUUGUAAUAAGAAAAGUUUAAAAGAAGGAAACGUAAGAGAACAAGACAUCUUUAUGCAUUGUUUGUUUCUGUUUACAUUACGUUAAAAUCCGGAGGUUUCGAUUAAAAAAACGGUUAAGUAAACUGUAACUGAAAUAAAAUAACAUAUAAGCAACGCUAGAGGAGGGAGCAUAGUUACAAAAUAAAGUUUAUUAAAGAUAGAAUUAAAUGUUUAUCGGAUGAGAAUAAAUAUCAAGUUUGACGUAGCAGGGAUGGAAAGAAAACAGAAAGUGAGGAGAUCAAAAACAUUAUUGUUGUUUUGGUUUAGUUUAUUUUGUUUAACUUUUGAAAACAUCAAUGGAGCUGAUAAAACACAGACUGAAACAGCACUGGGUUGUAGGAUAGAUAAACAUUUAAACACAACAAGAGUAAAUUGCACAUCUUCUGGUCUGCAAAAUAUACAUUUAAAAAUGAUGCCGAAAAACACAACUCAUUUGUACAUGCGCGACAAUAACAUCGUGACAUUACAUAAUAUUAGUUUUGCACGGUUCACUAGUUUAAAAGUUUUGGACCUGAGUGAAAACAGUAUCACACAUCUACCAGCAUUGAGUUUUGCUGGUUUAGAAUCCUUACAAACUAUAAAUUUGAGUAACAAUAAUAUCACUGAUCUUGAUCCAAACGCUUUCGCUGGCUUAGUCGAAUUAAAAUACGUCAAUGUUUCAAAUAACGAUAUCGCUGUGUUACAACCACAUUUAUUCGCUCAAAACAGGAAGAUAAAAAGUAUAGACGUAUCAUGGAAUAACAUAAACACGUUAUCAGAAGAUAUAUUCGAGAAUCUAUCAGAUUUAAUCCAGUUGGAUAUUAGCAACAACAACAUAACGGAGCUACAGGAAUCCUGUUUUAAGGGAUUAUAUCAUGUCGAGCAUCUGUUGUUAAACAACAACUAUUUAAGAAAACUUCCAUUAGGCCUAUUUAAGACUUUGCGGAACUUGUUGACGAUUAAACUGAGUCAUAACGAACUACACAGUGUGGAAAAUUUAUUUACAAAUCUUUCUAAGUUAGUUGAAGUGAAUUUAGAUCACAACAAUAUCGAGAAUGUAACUGCAGAUGCAUUUAAUAAAAAUCUGAAAACACUUUCCUUGAGAUACAAUAAAUUAUGGAACUUAUCACUAAUUUCAAACUUGCAUGUGAGAAACCUAAGACUUGAUGGGAACAGCUUCAAUCAAACGAACAAUACUUUAAAUUUGAAAAACACACAAAGCCUUUCAUUAACUAACUGCAAUUUUACAUCAGUGUCAUUGUUACCUUCGGAUCAAUUGGAGUUUCUAGAUCUAUCUGAUAAUAAUUUAAGCACAGUGAACAUAACUGCACCGAAAUUGACACAGUUACGUUUAUCGAAAAAUCAAAUCAAAUAUAUCAGAAAUAUUAUAAUCGAGCACAUUAAUGUAUUAACCCUUGAUUUGUCCAGCAAUCAAAUUGACAGUAUCACAUAUUUAGCGCUGACAAAUAUUCAGAAUUUAAAUCUUUCCAAUAACAACAUUACAAGUCCAUCAUUUGGAAGAGAACUGAAUCAUUUGAAAAGUCUUGUAACUUUGGAUUUGUCGAACAAUCAAAUUAGUAAAUUCUCAAAUUUUGCCUUCCAAAAUAAUUCCAUGCUACAGAAUUUAAAUCUAUCUGGAAAUAGGAUCAAAGAUUUACCUAUCCAUUUCCUUCAAAAUAAUAACUUGCUUUCUAUCAUUGACUUGAGCAACAACGCAAAUUUGAAAUGUCGAGAAUGUGGAUUAUUAUUAUUCAUCAAUUCACUUCGGACGAGUGUUGUAGUGAAAGGAUCGUGCAAUGAUUCAUAUGGAACUCAACAGAAUUUAUCGCUUUUUCGCACAGGCUAUGACUUGAUGAAGUCCAAUUGCAAUAUAUGCUCACUUUAUCCUUGUAAACACAACGGAGCCUGCAGGUACAAUGUAUCAUCUGAACAAUCUAAUUGCAUUUGUUCGGCAAAUUACACUGGUAGGAUCUGCGAAAAAUAUAAGCAAUCUUGUGUCUUGAAUCAAAGUUGUGGUUUAUGUAACGAUAACGCUUGCUUGAAUAGAGGAAAAUGUAUUGAAACAAGCGCAACUGAAUUUGAGUGUAAAUGUUCUGCAAAUUACACUGGUAAAACUUGUGAGAUCAAAGACAACAUUUGUACACAAAAUAAAUGUCAGAAUAAUGCCACCUGCACCAUUAUUGAUAGAAGCAAUUUCAAAUGCAAUUGUUCUGCAAAUUACACUGGACAAUUGUGCGAAAUUAAAUUGUCGGCUUGCCAGAAUAACACGUGUUUAAAUGGAGGGACAUGUAACUCCAUGUAUAAAGGGUUUAUUUGUACCUGUUUAUCUAAUUUCACUGGAAUGCAUUGCGAAAAGAACGCGUUAAAUAAUUCACUGAAUGCGUGUUUGAGUAGUCCUUGCAAGAAUAACGGUUUGUGUAAAAGAUUUAACUCUACUUAUAAAUGCAUUUGUGUAGGAGGUUUUAAUGGCGAACAAUGUGAAUUCACUGGAUCUAAAAACGUCGAUUCGAGCGAAGAUAACACAACAGAGAGUGUAAAUGAUACUAAGGUAGGAAUUGUUGUGACAAUAUUUGUUGUUAUCAUAAUCCUUUUUGUUAUUUGUGGACUAAUGCAUCAGAAGAAACAUGGCAGAUUUCCGUUUAAUAGAAAUUCAGGAAUUACUGAUUUGUUCCCUGGUCAUAAUUUCAAAAGACUUGAUGACAAUGAAUUGCAAAGAUAUAUUUAAACUUACCGUUCAAUAUGGCAUCAUUUUUGGUUAAAAAUUCAACCAUUUAUUUAUGUUAUACGAGAGAAUGUGUAAUUAUUAUAAUUGCUAUAUCAGAA